AUGAGCAAUGCACGAUUGGCAGCUUUCCAGGAUGUACAAAUAGCAUCAGCACCGGACUCAUCGGAUGGAUGGCCUAUCGUGAUUUUUAGUCACGGACUUGCAGGAUCACUGGAACUUUACUCGUAUGUAAAUCAAACCCUUGCGAGUUUUGGACAUGUCGUUGUCGUGCUAAACCAUUGCGACGGAUCAGCGUGUGUAUGCAGCCCAGAGCCUAAUCGCAUCGAGUACUACCAGCAGAUUACACCGGAGAUACGAGACAAUAUUAAUGGAGCAGGUGUACGAUUCCGCAAUGGACAAUUGCGGCAGCGGGUUAGCGAGGUGCGCUCAAUUCUCGAUGCUAUUAUGAAGCAUGAAACCACCGCAGAUAGCAUCUUCAAUCAAUGUAAUCGCAGUAACGUGAGCAUUGCUGGACAUUCAUUUGGGGCGGCUACAGCUCUCACAGUGGCACAUGAAGACGUGCGUUUUAAGAAGAUGGUGCUGCUAGACGCGUGGAUGGAGCCGCUUGACGAUGACGUGCGCGAUGGACUGGGCCCACGCGUUCCUUCUCUGCAUUUAAUGUCAGAGCACUUCCAUCACUGGAUUCCAAACGCUGAGAGUAUCAAUCGUCAUGCGCGAGGGUGCACGAAUACGCAGUCACGUCUCACGUGGUUGCGCGGCACAAGGCACAACAACUUUUCGGAUAUCCCUGUGUUUUCUCCGACCAUCAAUCGGCUCAUGAAGUCGGCUGGCAAGAUUGACCACUUCUACGCUCUCCAAGCCAUUGGCCAAAUGUCAGCAGCCUUCUUAACCGAUGACUUUGAUGCCCAAGCUUGCAACUUUCCUGAAUUAAUCACCAUUCCUACCGCAAAAUAG